AGACCAGUGAGCGCGGUGCGCAGAGAAUUUCAAGAAAACGUCACAACUGAGUCAGAGCGAGAAACGAGUUAAGAGAGAGCUAGAGAGAGAGAGAGAGAGAGAGAGAACGAGGGAGGAUAUAUUGAUACUAAACGACGGUGGUUUCUCUUCAGUGUGUGAGAGAGACCAUGAGUGAGGACAAGAUGGAGUGCAUGAACAGAUGAAGACUAUCAUUGGGUGGUUCUUUCCAGUGGCCCUGAUGAGCGUUUCCAAACCACCUCCGCCCCAUUCCCAUUUCCCUCCCAGUAACCCUUCCUCCCAUCUCCCCCUGCCUCCAUCCUCCUCUUCCUCCCCCUCUCCCUCCACCCCUCCCUUCGCUGCGGGUCCCCCCAGCCCUGCUGUGCCUCCUCCUCCCUCCCCAGUCAAGAUCUCCAUGCAGGAGCACUUUGCCAUCAAUGUGUGCCCCGGCCCCAUCCUCCCCAUCCCACAGAUCUCUGACUUUUUCCCUCGUUUCCACGACUACCCCAUCACCCCCCCUCCACCCCGGGAGAAAAAGGUUCUAAAGGACAAAGACAAGGACGAAGACAGGAAUGGAGAGAAAGACCAUAAGAGGGAAAGAGAGCAAGAAGAGAACGGAGAGUUUGUCGACUCGGAUGACGAUGACACCUACCUGGGAACUCUGGAGUUCAGCCUGCUAUUUGACCAAGAAAAUAAUUGCUUGCACUGCACCAUCCACAAGGCCAAGGGGUUGAAGGCCAUGGACUCCAAUGGACUGGCAGAUCCAUAUGUGAAACUCCACCUCCUGCCUGGAGCCAGCAAGGCAAAUAAAUUGCGCACCAAGACUUUAAAGAACACACUGAAUCCAGUGUGGAACGAAACCCUCAUCUAUCACGGCAUAACGGCUGCUGACAUGACCACCAAAACCCUCAGGCUGUGUGUGUGUGAUAUGGAUCGUUUAGGACGGAAUGAGUUCAUAGGUGAAGUCAGGGUGGCCCUCAAGAAACUGAAGGAGGGAGAGAGCAAGAAAUACUACAUGGGCCUUGAGAGAAUUGCACAGACCCGGGAGGGUAACAGCCAGGCAGUGGAUCAUGGGGCUCCUGUUGCAGAAGAGGAGCGUGGUCGUAUCCUGGUCUCUCUGAUGUACAUCACAGAGAAGAGUUCUCUGAUUGUGGGAAUUAUUCGCUGUGCUCACCUUGCCGCCAUGGAUUCAAAUGGCUACUCGGACCCCUUUGUCAAAAUUGUUUUGCAGCCUAACAUGGGGAAAAAGUCCAAAUACAAAACCUCAGUGAAGAAGAAGACAUUAAACCCAGAGUUUAACGAGGAGUUUACCUAUGAAGUCCCGCAUGAUCAGCUGGCCAAGAAAACCCUGGAGAUCUCAGUCUGGGACUACGACCUGGGCAUGAGCAAUGACUUCAUAGGUGGCGUUGAAUUGGGGGUUAACGCAAAAGGAGAGAGACUGAAACACUGGUUUGAGUGUCUGAAAUUCAAAGGAAAGAAAGUGGAGUACUGGCACACACUGACACAGCAAGGAGCCCCUUGCAGUGACUAACCCACAAGCACACACGUGUUAAUUCUCUGCUAAGUAAUACAAAAAUAAUGGAGUAAUAAUGAUAAAGAAAUGCAAUAAUGCUCAGUCUAAGAAUGAUGAUGAUGAUGACGUUCCAUAUUAAUGUGUGAGAAAAAGCAUAAUAAUCUAUUGUACAGCUAAGUGUCACAUUCUUUUGUGAUGAGAAAGAAGCAAGUGUGAUCACAAGCCCGGAUUAUGAUGCACAAAGAAUCUUCCCCUUUUUCUGGUCUACACGUCACUAAUGUGAAAUCGUACUGUGUUGUGACUAUGCCACAGGAGCUCAUGCCAUAUUAUAGUGUUAUUGUUUAUUACAUGUUAAACGUGUAAUAGCAUCCUGGUGUUUGUUACAGUUGGUGGUGCCGUAAUUUUGCACACUGUCAAAGCACAACACAUCCAGCUGACUGUAAAUGUCUAUGUGUACCUAUGUAUUUACCUUUUGUGAUUUGUUACGAAUGAAAGUUUACAGUCUCUUCCAGCCCGACAAAAACAAGAUGCACAGGAAAAGCACAAGGGACGGCACAUGAAGGAACUCUAAAGCAAUGAAAAGAACUGUCUAUGGAUUUAAACAUUCACUCAAGAACUGCCGCCCAUCACUUUUGAGCAGAACCAAACGACAGUCACCUCAACGUGAAUGUGUGGGCGAGUGGGUGUGUCUGUGAAUGUCCCUGUCUAUGUUUCGUCUUUGUAUGUGUUUUUGUUGAAUGUUUGUAUAGUCUUUAAAAAAAACAGCGCUGAUGCACAUUGACAGACUUUUUCGCUUUCUCUCCGGCACCCUCUACUGGUUUAGAGGUCUAACCGCCAGUACAGAGGGUGAAUUGCCUCUGGCAGGCCUCAUGCACAACUGCACGCCCCAUUAGGGGUUAAAUAAGCAAUCAAAAGAAGCCUUUGAAGGACAAACUACCUGUCAAGGACAACUUUGGGUUGUACAAGGGUCAGAACACAAAAUCUGGGUUGAUUUGCUUUGUCAUCCUGACAGUUAGCUCUGUGAAAAGAUGCACAUUUCUUGCCAUGCAUGGAGAUUUGGGCUAUAAUUGUAUCCAUGUGAUAGCAUUUAUUAGCUAUUUAUAACAUUCAAAUCAUCAACUUUUGAUCUAGUCUUGACUGAUGAAAUUUUAGGCAUUCAAUUGCACAAAAACUUAUUGUUAACCUCUUCCGUUCAUGGCCCUCAUCCCUCAUUCCAAACUUAAGUUCUUUUUUAACAUUUGAGUUAUCAAAUAAAUGACUUAUACGCUGUAUAAUUAUCAAAUGUUAUUCUAAGCAGCUGCAUGCCAAGUGAAUGUCACAUAUGCUUUGAUGGACCACCGAUCUGCAGUGCUUAUGUUUGUCGUAAUAUCCAUCAAGGGGUCCAUCUAAGGGUAUUUUAUUUUGCUCAGUGACCUGGGACAGUACAGGCUACCUUUGAUGAAACAGCAUGGCAUUAAGAUAAUGGAUUGGCACCACCUGCCAGCCAAGAUGGGACUCAGGGGGAGCGUUAAAGGGAUAGUAAUGAAUGAGAGAAUUUUUUUAUUUUUGGGUGAACUAUACCUUUAAUGAACAAGGGGUCAAACUGAAAGAGGAUUAUUCAAGUCUCGCUCACAUGUCCUCGGUGACUGUCUGUGUGGAACAUGUAAUGUGACUGCCAUCGUGUGUCGGUCUCUGUAACUGCGUCUCAGAAAUAAAUUGGUUGCAACGGUGGCUAUCAGAAAUAGAGCGAGUUUUGUGCAUUCAAGUCUUAUAAAGAGCUUUCAUUCAUGCAACAGAUUUCUUGUCAUGUAAUGAAAAAUAAAUAACGAAUGCAUGAUGUAAAGUACAUCUUUAAUGGCCGAGAUUCUGCAUGCAUUCUAUUUCUAUGCAUAACAUGAUAUUGUUACAUAAAUGCAUUUAUUUGUGAUGAAUG